GAAGUAUACCAAUACGAUGCGCCUUGGCCCAUCUACGCCAUGGAUUGGUCCAAGGUGCCGACCGAAAAACAAGGUUUUCGAUUAGCGCUAGGCAGCUUUCUUGAGGAACACACAAACAAAGUAAGUUUUGGAGUUCGACGCGAUUAUUACGACCCGUCGAAACCGCGAUCGGAUUUUACACCGUUAGCCGAAGUCGACUGUUACUAUCCACUCACCAAAGUACUCUGGGAACCACAAAGAGGAGCUCGUGAAUCCGAUAUCCUGGUGACUUCGUCUGACGUUUUACGAUUAUGGGAACUCGUUGAUAAUCCUAAUUAUACUUUCGACAACACCAUUGGAUCUCGGCGUAUUCCAUCGGAUCAGCAACCUCAAUCGCUUAUCAAACGAUCCGAACUAGUCAAUGUCAAACAGAGCGACUUUUGCGCUCCGCUGACGUCGUUUGACUGGAACAUGGCCGAUCCAUCGUUGAUUGUAACAGCGAGUAUCGACACGACAUGUACGGUGUGGAACGUCGAAACAUGUCAAGCGAAAACACAACUGAUUGCCCAUGAUCGCGAUGUAUACGAUGUGGCCUUCAAACACGGCACUGCGGAUAUCUUUGCCAGCGUGGGAGCCGAUGGCAGUGUGCGAUUAUUCGACCUCCGAUCCUUGGAGCAUUCGACGAUCCUUUAUGAAGCGCCUCCUGCUGCGGUCAGUCCCAGUUUAGGCACAGGGCAUUUCGCAUCAGCCAUCAGCGAAGGCGCGCAACCGUUGUUACGACUGCAAUUCAACCAGCUCAAUCAUGAUCUUUUAGCCACCUUUCACAUGGAUUCCGAUGUGGUGCAGAUUCUGGAUAUCCGAUAUCCAAGCACACCCGUCGUCGAACUGGCACGAAGCCAUCAGAAAAGCAUCAAUUGUUUCAGCUGGUCACCGCGUCAUCCAGGUCACAUUUGCACAGGAGGAGACGAUUCUCAGGUGCUCGUGUGGGAUUUGAAUCAAAAAAUUGUGCAAGGUCCCGUGCUUCGUUAUUUGGCCGACUAUGAAAUCAACUCACUCACGUGGAGUCAGAGUUUGCCAUCCUGGAUCGCCAUUGGUUUCGGUCGAACCGUCCAAGCUCUACGG